CUGUCAUUGUACUCCACACAACUCCUCAAGAUGGCUACUGAGGUUGUAAUUGAAACUACCUUGGGUUCAUUCACGGUCGAACUCUACACAACGCAUGCGCCUAAGACCUGCCAAAACUUCGCCACCCUCGCCCAGCGCAACUACUUCAACAACCUCAUAUUCCACCGUGUAAUCCCCAACUUCAUGAUCCAAGGUGGGGAUCCAACGGGCACAGGCCGUGGUGGAACUUCCAUCUUUGGCGAGAAAUUCGAAGACGAGAUCACACCCUCCCUCAAGCACACUGGGGCGGGCAUUCUGUCGAUGGCUAAUUCGGGCCCGAAUACGAAUGGCAGUCAGUUUUUUAUUACGCUAGCGCCGACGCCGUGGUUGGAUGGCAAGCAUACGAUAUUUGGAAGGGUGUCAGGCGGGCUGCAGAUUGUGAGGAAGUUGGGAUUGGUAAAGACGGAUAGGGAGGAUAGGCCUGUGGAGGAGGUGAAGAUUGUGAAGGCUUAUGUUGUCGAAAAAGAUACUAUUUAAGCUUCGGAAAAGGUCAAUCGACAUUGCGCACCCCCCGACUAAUGAUGCACUACUAGGGAAGAUGAGCAGGCAAUGAUCAGGCUUGCGCUCCGAUCUAAGAUGGAGUGCACUGUUGAACACAAAAAUAGAUGCGCCUAGAGGGGUCCAUUUGGAUGUAUCAACACCUUCGGGUCCCUAUCUACCCUCUUAUCGAACUUCUCAUACGCGUCAGGGGCACCACCGAUAGUAAUCUCAUGAGAGACUACAAUGCUUGGCUUUGCUUUACCGGAAAUGAUUAAGUCACGAAGAUAUCUGUUAUACGCUUUGA